AUGGCGGACCUAGGCCGUGGAGAGGGAGAGAAAUCCAAGGGCAAGAAGACUGUUGUCCGCCAGUCGCGCUCUUGUCGUGUGUGUCGUUUGCGAAAAGUCAAGCCAAUCGCUCAGGCGGAAGAGAUUCAGAAUCUGCGGAACGAGAUCAAGGAGUUACGGGCGAGAGUUAACCAGCAGGGCGGACAAGAAGCGCGUACUCGCAAACUAGCCGAACUCGAAAGACUUUUCCAAGCAAUUCGCUCAGAACCAAUCGACGUGGUUGAUGAUCUAGUUGGUAGUAUCCGAGCCAACCGUCAAGAUCGUCGCUCGAAAGCUGUCGUGAAACGAGAAAACUUGCCUCUGCGGAUGCUUACUCCUUCCAGCUUUGACGGCAAGGACGACGAAAGUGAAACCCUGGAAGGAUGGCAUCUAGUUCGCUCAAGGCAGCCAAACUCAGGGUUCAGCGACUCGCACAGUAGUAGCAGCGGCAGCAGUAGUACCGAGAGCAUCACUGUUGAUGAAGAUUGGGGCGGUCCUUUAUCUCGAUUUGCACCGCAGAAACCGAUGCUGGAUCUGUUCAUACAACGAUUCGUUGACGCCUUCAGUCCCGAAGUAGACGCCAGCUCUGGACACGCAGGAGCAUUGCGAGCUGGUGCCGAAAUUCGAAUGUUUUCUCCAUUGAUAUCAAGUGCUUAUGAUGCUGUAUCGUUGACAUUCUUUGGCCGAAGUGUCAAAGAUCCUCGAAUUGAAGCGGCUGGAAUAAAAUUGUACCCCAAGGUUUUGCGGUCGUUACAAGAAGCAUUACUGGACCCAGAAAAAAGUCGCUCGGAAGCGACACUGGUUACUGUCACGCUUCUUUUAGCUUUUGAAAGCAUCGAAAGAACAUCAGAUGCAGGUGUUGUAGCACACGUCAGAGGAGCUGCACAAUUGAUACAGCACCGAGGACCAGAGAACCAUGUUCAAGGUGUUGAGCAUCUAUUAUUCACAGAGCUACGGCCGUAUUGGGUUGGAGUUUCACUCGUCGAUCGAAAACCGAGUUUCAUGGACACUGAUGCUUGGAAGAAUAUCCCAUGGUCCGCGGGGACGACUACGAAAGAUUUACUCCACUACCUCAUCGAUCUUGUCGUUGAAAUCCCAGCAUUACUGGGAGAACAUGACGACCUCGUUGCAGCUCAGGAGUCACAGUUACUAGGAAAAGGCGAAUAUCGCGCCAAACAGGCGCGGCUAUGGAAUGCCGUGAGCGAUCUGACAGAUCGAUUUGCGCAGUGGAAGAGAAAAUACGUCGAUGAUUAUCCCACAGGUCCACCGAAGGAGAUGAAGAUACCACCAUCGCCUACUGACCCAUUCCCGGUAUUCCGGUGUCGUGACCUGCGCACAAUGAGUAUCAUAGAACCGCCACCACUCGUCUACCCAGAUCUGAGACUACUACAAACAAUGUGCUUUUACUACGCAACCAGACUGAUAAUAUCCAGUAUUGACGACCGGCCAGAAGGCGCUGUCAGCAUGCCGGAAAGAUACCAUUUCGCAUGUGGAAUUGCACGCAGUUUGGAGGAUUACCUCCGUCGCGCGCCGGGAAACAUGAUCAAUCGACUUGCGUUCCCGACGAGAGUUGCAUGGGAGGCGUUUCCGCCUGGUGGUCCAGAGCGUGAUUUUAUGGGUCAGGUGUUUAAUCUUGUUGAGAAGAGGCACUCGUUGAGGUUAUGGGGGAGUUUUAUGCCGGAGUUGAGUGCGAGGGCUGGUUCGCCUCCGUGA